UGACAACUAUCGAUAUAUUGAUAUUUUGAUAUCAACAACUAUUUGCUCCCCAAUUUGACAACCAAUUUGGUGAUUUUUUUUCACUUGGAAACCCGAGCAGGCCACGAACGUUUAUUGAAAUAAUAACAAAAAAUGGCGCUGCGCUAAGAUCAACACUUUCAUCCAACCCGCCCCGCCAGGCGAAGAAAGUAGCUGUAGCAGCGCCACUGCGAUUCCCCCUGCGAGUGUUUCUGUUUGGCCUCCAUUGCAUUGUCACCAGAGGCAAUAGUGCGUGAAUCACUAUACAACAUCGCCGAUAAGAGAAGGAGCAGCUCCACAAUAGCACAGUCAUCGAACUCGGUCAGUCCGCGUCCGGUCGGUUUGGAAGUCGCCCAAACUCCAAGGGACCUCCGAGCCCUGCACGAAAUUGUAACACAAAUAAACAGCAUGGGAAACGACGACCACCGACGGAGGAAGACGCCUUGCGGAUUCUGCAUGGCCGUCUUCAAGUGGAUACCAGUGCUGUUCAUCAGUGCUGUGAUAGCCUGGUCCUACUACGCCUACGUCGUGGAACUAUGCAUCCAUAACUCGGAGAACCGGAUAGGAAUGAUAUUUAUGUUAAUUUUCUACCACAUUUCACUGACACUGUUCAUGUGGUCCUAUUGGCGCACCAUCAUGACCUCCGUGGGACGCAUACCCGAGCAGUGGCGGAUACCGGACGAGGAAGUUAGUCGGCUGUUAAGGGCCGACAGCCAAGAGGCGCAGAAGCGGAUACUCAACAAUUUUGCGCGCAAUUUGCCAGUGACAAAUCGAACAAUGAACGGCUCUGUGCGAUUCUGUGAGAAGUGCAAGAUCAUCAAACCGGAUCGUGCUCAUCACUGCAGCGUCUGCAGCUGCUGUGUACUGAAGAUGGACCAUCACUGCCCGUGGGUUAACAACUGCGUUAAUUUCUACAACUACAAGUUCUUUGUACUGUUCCUUGGCUAUGCGCUGGUCUACUGCCUCUACGUUGCCUUUACCACGCUGCACGAUUUUGUGCAGUUCUGGAAGGUAGGUGCCUACGAAAAUAAUGGUUACUCGGCACAGGGCCAGUUGAACGGCGGCGGAAUGGGUCGAUUCCACAUCUUGUUCCUGUUCUUUAUUGCCAUUAUGUUUGCCAUAAGUUUGGUGAGUUUGUUUGGAUACCACAUCUACUUAGUUCUUGUUAAUCGAACAACGUUGGAGUCCUUCAGAGCGCCCAUCUUCCGCGUUGGCGGGCCGGAUAAGAAUGGCUAUAACCUGGGUCGUUAUGCCAACUUCUGUGAGGUGUUCGGCGACGACUGGCAGUACUGGUUCCUACCCGUCUUCUCCAGUCGCAGUGACGGCUACAGCUUUGCAACCUCCAGUGACCAGAAUCGAGGAUAUGCCGCCUCGCCCGUCCAGCGGUACGAUGCCAUGGGGGAGACAGCGACAAGCAGGUUAGAUGGCAACCCGACAGAUAAGUUGAUUGACGCUAUUCCCCUCGACACCCUAACCAACAACCAUAACCAUCACCACCAAUCACCUCAUCAAGUAAGAGACACCAGCGUCAGAGCCGGCGAACAGGACGCAGUUCAUCCGCCCCGGGACGUUCUGAAGGUGGAGGGUCUGGCCAACGGAACAGCUACGUCUAGCCAGACGAGAGAUGGAGUCGCCAAUGGAUCGACCGUGGUCAUAGACAUGGUCGGGGAUCAAGAACGGUCCGCCAAGGAGAUCUCAGCCCGGCCGCCGAACGGCGAUCUGCCCGUUUGAGUUUCUGUAGCGUAGAGAUGUAUGUUAUUUUGUAAUAUAAACUGCCAGAUUUGUUGCACCAGCAGUUGCCCACUAUGUUACCUCUAAUAUGCGUUUCGUGAACUGUAUUAGCUAUUUAAAUGACUGGGACCAGGCACCACCCCACCUCGACGGUGCAAUACAUUAAGCAAUAUGUCAUUUGUAUCUUGCGAGCAUUUAUUUAUGUUUGAAUCAAUCGAAUUUUUAAUCAGAACCGACUGUUGCAAUUUGAUGAGGGAUAUACAAUACAUUUAAUCAACGAAUCACCCAUGUAGAUAUCGGGAGAAAUCUCCAAGACUUGAACUAAAUGCUAAGCUAUGAGAUUUCAAAGUAACACAUAACACACAUACACCUUAUACCAUACACCUUUUAAUUUUAGGCAUUUCGAUUUGCUUUUAAUUCAAUAUUUAAUAAUUAAUUAUUGUAGUUAGAUAGUUACUGUUUGCCAGUUGAUUUUUAUACCUUUUUGAUUUUUGUACACUUUUUAUCUAAUAUAUUAUAUAUACUCUAUGGAUCGAAUUAUUGUAAGAGUGAAGAACUUGAUUUGGACGCAAAAUAUACAUAAAAUAACAACAAA